GGGCCGUGGGGGCGGGUCUCGCAGUUUAUUGGCUGUUCGGCGACAGUUGCUGCGGAGGAGCGCGCGAGGAGGAGGCGGUGUGAGGCAUCCAUGGCGGGAGGAAUCAAAGUGGCCGUGUGGUCGGCGGUUGGUCCCAGGCCCCGGGGCCGGGGGGCCGGGGUAGGCGACGCCGCGUGGCUGCUCUUGCUCGUCGCCGGCGGCGUGGUCUGCGGCUCAGCUGAUGUAAAUGUGGUCAUGCUUCAGGAAUCCCAAGUUGAUUUGAAUUCCAGUCAACAGUUCUGUUAUAAAAAUGUGCUUAUCCCAAAGUGGCAUGAUAUAUGGACACGGAUACAGGUUCGAGUAAAUAGUUCCAAAUUGGUCCGAGUUACCCAGGUGGACAAUGAGGAGAAGCUGAAGGAGCUAGAGCAGUUUAGUAUCUGGAACUUUUUUUCUUCUUUUCUAAAAGAGAAAUUGAAUGACACCUAUGUUAACGUGGGUCUGUACAGCACAAAAACCUGCCUCAAGGUUGAGAUUAUAGAGAAGGACACCAAGUACAGUGUCGUUGUGACCCGGAAAUUUGACCCCAAACUCUUCCUUGUUUUCCUCCUUGGACUGACACUAUUUUUUUGUGGAGACUUGCUGAGCAGGAGUCAAAUUUUCUACUAUUCCACUGGGAUGAGCGUGGGAAUUGUGGCCUCUCUCUUAAUCGUCAUUUUUAUGAUCUCUAAGUUUAUGCCCAAGAGAAGUCCCAUUUACAUCCUCCUGGUAGGAGGCUGGUCCUUUUCUCUGUAUCUCAUCCAGCUAGUGUUUAAGAAUUUACAAGAGAUAUGGAGGUGCUAUUGGCAUUAUCUUCUAAGCUACAUCCUCACAGUUGGAUUCAUGAGUUUUGCAGUGUGCUACAAGUAUGGGCCCCUGGAGAAUGAGCGGAGCAUCAACCUGCUGACUUGGACGCUGCAGCUGCUGGGCCUGGGGUUCAUGUAUUCCGGUAUUCAGGUCCCACACGUUGCCUUUGCUCUCAUCAUCAUAGCACUAUGUACUAAGAACCUGGAGUACCCCAUCCACUGGCUGUGCAGUGCCUACAGAAGGAUGUGUAAGGCAGCAGAAAAGCCUGUCCCCCCUCGCCUCCUGACAGAAGAAGAGUAUCGGAUACAAGGAGAGGUGGAGACCCAAAAAGCUUUACAGGAACUCCGAGAAUUUUGUAACAGUCCGGAGUGCUCUGCCUGGAAGACUAUAUCUCGAGUUCAGUCUCCAAAAAGAUUUGCUGACUUUGUGGAAGGUUCUUUCCACCUCACGCCAAAUGAAGUUUCUGUUCAUGAACAGGAGUAUGGAUUAGGGAGCAUCCUUACCCAGGAUGACGAGCUGUCCUCAGAGGAGGAGGGCUCAGGACACCCCACUUUCACACACAACAAUUUCUUGACAUAAAUAGCAGUUAGUUGUUUUCAUAUAGACUGGCAUGGUGCCUCGGUGGUCCACGUUGUAAGUGCUGUGUGAUUCUCCCAGGCUUUUGCCUGGAGUGGGUGCAGGAGUUGUACUGGAGUGAGGGGCUGAGUGGGUUACCCUCUGGCAGUACCUCAGGAUGAGGUUUUUUUUUCCUCUUUGAGGAAAGACUGGUGGAGGGAGUGAGGGCUGCGGCAGCUUGCUUCUGACAUUUGAGCGCUUGGCCCACUUUGCCAUUCCUGAAGUAAUUGUUUGCCCACAGCCAGCACAGCAGUCUAGCUCUUGUUUGAAAGUUUGCUGAAUUUUAGCGACUCUUGUCACUGUGACAAACCCUUAAAAAUGAGUAUUAAGUGCAGUAAUGCAUUCAAAUGGAGGCUGCAUCUUUUAAAGAGAGUCUAUAAGUCUGAGCCAUUUUUUACUUCUGUCUGCUUCUAUUUCAGUGGAUCCUUAUAAUAAUCCUGAAUGAUUUAAAUAUUGAAGAAAAAAUGGGUUAUCUACCUUGUUUUUUAAACAAAUGUAUUUUUUUAAGUGCAAGAAAUUCCUGUUCUAGAACCAAUAGGUGCUCCAGAGUACAAAGCCUGUUGACCCCAGAUGUUUAUUGGUGUAGACAUUCCAUGAAACCCCUGGAGCUGCUGCUCUUGAGUCUUGGAUUCUCUAAUUUUUAGUUUGCUUGCAUUUGGGAGAACGUCUCCUGCCCUUCUAUAGGUGUGGUUUCCUCAGCUUUUUAUUAUAUUUAACAUUGGCAUUUUUUUCUUGCCAUUUCUCACCACUGACUUUUCCCACUCGGGUAUGGUGUGUCCCCUUUCCUGUGGAGUGUGCACAGUUGAGAAUUUGUCUCAUUUUCUGAUUUGCCGCUGCCUCUUUCCUAACACUGAGGUUCCUCCACAUCUCUUGCUAUGUCUCUCAGGCUACUCGAGAGUCCCUCUGCAUCAGGCAGUUCUGUUUUGACUUUUUCUUCUGCGUCGAGGCCUGCUGUGUACCUCAGGCUGGUCCUUUCACCGUAGCCUUUUAAACUGCUGGCAUUUUAAGCCUAUGCUGCUGUACCAAGCUUCUCUUGUCCUUUUUUUUGGUUUUCAAGGCAUAGUUUCUCUGCAUAGCCCUUGCUUGGAACUCGCUCUAUAGACCAGACUGGCCUGGAACUCACAGAGAUCUACCUGCCUCUGCCUCCCAAGUGUGCUAUCACCAGCUGGCGUGUCACAUUUCUUAUAUAUAAAUACUCCUUUACUUUGGUUCUUACAUUAUGACUAGGCAGAGAAGUCUUAUUUACACUCUUCUCCCCUAGUCAGAUCACAUACCUUCUGAGUUACAACACAGUCAGGAAACUGUCCCAGGGCUGGGGAUGUAGCUCAGUGGUAGAGUGCUUCCUAGUUCAGCAUGCAAGGCCCUGGUUGAGUCGCUAGCACCACGACAAAACAAAAUCAACCUUACCUCCUUGUCCUUGUCUCCUUUUUAUAUACCCAUUCUACCCGUUCAGCCUUCCUCACGCCAGCAUGCUCCCAGAUCUUAUCAUUUGUAAGCCCUAAAAAAAUCUGUUCAGUCGCUUUCUAUACAAUUUUAGUUUUGUAGCUGCCACACUUUACAUGGCAGAGAGCAGACCCUCAGGUGUGCCCAUUCAGCUGUUAGCAUCAGACACACCCCUCAGUUUCCAUGCAGUUCUGUUUCUGCAAAGAUGCUGCCUCUGCAAUGAUGUUAGCCUGCCUCAGGAGCCCUUGCCUUGGCAGAUCCCUUAGAAGGUUUUAGGAUCAUUUAGGAGGGAUGGGCAGACUCUCAAAUCUCUGCCGUUUGCUUGGUUCUUUCAUUGUGAUCUUCACCACUGCACUGGAGGAAGUUUGCUGUUUGUAACUCCUUCAGCCGGGGAGGUCGGUGCUCACUCAGGAAUACAGCAUCAGACUCCUCAUUGUCUUAGGAACAUCGAGGAGGAAGGAAGAUGGUGUUUCAGGAAGCUCUUAGGGCUUCUUCAGACCCGCUUUCAAUAUGUAACUCUUGAAGACCCUGGGCUCUACUGCUAGCAUCCAAAAUGUCAGCUGAGACACCUCUCCAGGUGGCCAGUUAGUUAUUUCAACCAAUGUUCCCCAUAGCCUUAAAUUGUCCUAAAGUGACAACUACCUCACUUGGUAGAAGGUGACAGAGGAGACGUGAAAAGUGAGCAGUAUCUGAGCUGUGGUUAGAGCUGCAAGAGACUUUGUAACGGAGCCUUUUUGUCUUUGUGAAUUAUGAAUAUAGUAAAACCUGUCCCUUUUCAAAGAACUUAAAGCUUCUGAAAGGGUGAAUGCACCUCAGAGGCAGUGAGCGCUUCCCCAGCCAAGCCUCCAGAACACACUGAUUUGGAGGCUUCUCUGCAGAAAUCUAUACCUAAUCUAUUUUACCUAGUCUAUUUUAGUGUAGGCUCAGUUGUCCAGCUGGUGGCGGUCUCGGGAGGCCUUAGUGCCUUUCCCCAGGUCACUCCUUAUGGAUGGCAGCUUGCUAAAGGGGAGGAGGCUUUGGACUUAAUGAGAGUUCACUGUUGUGAGUGACUUUGGUCUUCUGUGGGUUGACUCCCUGUGAAAUACAGAUUUCAAGGCCUUUUUUUUUUUUUUUUUUUUUUUAACUCUUUUAAUUUGGGGUGAGCAAAGCAAGCUUAUUUUCUUACCCCUGCCUGGUAGUUGAAGUGAAUGCUGAGAGAACUGCUUCAGACAGUGAAGGACAGAUGGUGCCUCUUUUGUAUGCUGUGUAUCCUUGCCCCUGCCUGCCUGCCUGCCUGCCUGUGUGGCUCUGCUGGAUGCUUCUGAGCCUGGCCUCUGCAUGUCCCGACACUGCUUGAGUCAGCUCAGUCUGAUUCCUCAGAAUGAUCUCGUCAAGGACUGAAGGGAGAAGUGGAGUGAGCUGGACAUUGGAGCCAUAUGUGCUGCUGUAUCAGCAAUCAUCAACCUAGAAAUUAGUUCCAGGACUUGGGGGUAUCGUAUUGGAAAUCUAUUGCUUCUAAUGGGUCUGAUCUGAGUUCAUAAAACAAGAUUCCCAUUAAUGGGAACAUAAGAGGCAGCCAGCAUAAAACUUUACCAUUUUCCUUUUCUCAUAAGAACAUAGUGAUCAAGCCAGGAAAUUUUAGCGACUUUGAUAACUUGGUUACCUUGAAAUAAUUCCCCACGCACAUUUGUGUUCUCUCCGUGGUGGUUUUGCCUGUGAUGGCUCUUUGGGUCCCACUGUUCCAUUUUACCAUAUUACCUCCAUUCAAGGGCAUAGCCCUCUGUGAAUCAGUUGUGUUCUCUUUAGCCUGCCCUACUUGGCAUGGGUGAUUGAGGUUCGGUGAAUAAAAGGACCCAAAUAGGCCAGAGACUACCCUCAGGCCUUGAUACCCAUGAAGGGUUUGGGAACGGGCUACAUAACUUCUCAAUUUCUUUGUUCCUUGUCAUUUUUCUUUGACAUGCUCUUGUCUCCCCCCACCCCCAGGGGGCAGGUAUCGUUUAGACAGGGCACCACUCUGUAGCCAAGGCUGGCCUGGAAUUCAAUAUAUUCAUUACCCAGGUUUGCCUACAACAAGGAAGAAAGAAAGAUGUGCUGAAAUAGAUACCAGAGUUAAAAUGGUCCUUAGCUGUGCCCACAGCUCUUCUGAACUGAGUGGUACAAGUUGAAGUAUGCAGACAGAAAAUUAAUGCAUUCUAGUGUUCCUGUGAACUCCGGUCGAAGAUGAUUGCCAGUUUUUGAAUGCUAAGAGUUUUCCUGGACGCAGGAGAGGACAGGGACCGGUUUACUGAGCUCUCAACUUAGGAAGGCACUGAAACCCAGGGAUAAGCACACAGAGUAGCCAUUGUACUUUACAAAUAUGCCCAAACCUUUUUUGCUGUGUUCUUGUAGCAGAAAGUAUUUCUUUGGGGGGACGUAGGCAGUUGUGGUAACCCAGUGGCAUCUUCCUGACUUGAUUAUGGAUUCCGCUGCUGUUGGAGACCAGAUGGUGAAUACCUCGAAAAGGAGGUUUGGAAGUCAGGCAUGGUAGUGUUUGCCUGAACUUGGAAGGCUGAGGCUAGGGGAUCACUUGGGUUGGACAUUGGCAACAAUGGGGACCUCAUUUCAAAAUAGGAAGAAAAAGAAACAAGAGUGUUGGCUGCCUUAUAUGGCAGGCCCUAGAACCCACUGGGAAUAAGCAAAGCACAUGGAUACCCUUUAACCUUAGCAGGAACAGAAAUGGUCACAUAGACUCACACAUGUGUCCUCUGGGUGUCAUUUUUCUUUGACACGCUCUUGUCCCCCCCACCCCCAGGGGGCAGGUAUCGUUUAGACAGGGCACCACUCUGUAGCCAAGGCUGGCCUGGAAUUCAAUAUAUUCAUUACCCAGGUUUGCCUACAACUCACAGUAGCCCUGCCUCAGCCUCUUGAGUGCUGGGAUUACAGGCUUGAGCCAACAAGCCCAGCUUCCUCUUUUUACUCUUGGUGUUAACUUGAAAAUGGUGACUUGAUUUGCUUUGAACUGUGGUCAGCAUGAGCAUCACAGCCAUGACAGAUUGUCCCUGACAUGAUCCUUAAAGCUGAUUACAACCUGUAGUGGCCACAGUUUCCAUGUCUUUGGAACUAUUCCUGAAAUAACAGGGCUAAGUUGUAGCCUGUGGGUAAUGCCUUAGUGUUGUUUAGAUAAAAUAUUUGUCAUUUAUACUUAAUACAUGUUAAGGAAUGUUCAGGAAGAACAAAGUUUUCAGGGAUGGCUGUUUGCUAUGAGUCUUACACAAAUGUGUAAGAAGAACUGGUGCCAUGUAGUUUUUUAUUUAUAUUGUGGCUUGUAAAUAAUCCCAACUUUAAUAAAGUUUUAUACACUG